AUGGGAGCAGUGCUCAGCUGGGUUAUUGCAAGCCUCUACACUGUGGUGGUGGAAACAGCUAUGAUAGUGGGACUCAGGAGCGUAAGUUACAGUUUAGCCAUGUCUUCUGCUGUACAACUUUUGCCUUAUCUUUACCGCUCGUGUGUGACAUUAGCGAUGGCUUCACCGUGGUACCUAUUGUGCUGUUAAACUUUUAGCUUUUUACAGAGAAAGAGAUUGUCAUUAUUGCAAACAUGUCAUGUGUGAACGUACAGUGUGUUUACACAGUAUGUUUGUAGAAUGUAAAUGUACAUUGAAUGAGAGGAAAGAGAGGCAGUGUGUGUUUGGAAAAGAGAGAGCCUGAGAGAGAGCCUGAGAGAGAGAGAGAGAGAGAGAGAAGACCUACACAGCCGUGUUCCAAUCUUUAUAAUGGAUGUGUAGUGGCUUCUGCAGAAAUAGUUACACUAGUAUGUGGACACACCUUGAACGUUGCUGACAGGUGUAUAAAAUCGAGCACAUAGCCAUGCAAACGUCUAGGAGCAACAACGGCUCAGCCGCGAAGUGGUAGGCCACACAAGCUCACAGAACGGGACCACGACUGCUGAAGCGCGUAGCGUCUGUCCUCGGUUGCAACACUCACUACCGAGUUCCAAACUGCCAACGUCAGCACAAGAACUGUUCACAAGAACUGUUUGUCGGGAGCUUCAUAAAAUGGGUUUCCAUGGCCGAGCAGCCGCUCACAAGCCUAAGAUUACCAUGCGCAAUGCCAAGCAUCGGCUGGAGUGGUGUAAAACUCACCGCCAUUGGACUCUGGAGCAGUGGAAUCGCAUUCUCUGGAGUGAUGAAUCACGCUUCACCAUCUGGCAGUCCGACGGAUGAAUCUGGGUUUGGCGGAUGCCAGGAGAACGCUACCUGCCCGAAUGCAUAGUGCCAACUGUAAAGUUUGGUGGAGGAGGAAUAAUGGUCUGGGGCUGUUUUUCAUGGUUCGGGCUAGGUCCCUUAGUUCCAGUGAAGAGAAAUCUUAACGCUACAUCAUACAAUGACAUUCUAGACGAUUCUGUGCUUUCAACUUUGUGGCAACAGUUUGGGGAAGGCCCUUUCUUGUUUCAGCAGGACAAUGCCCCCAUGCACAAAGCGAGGUCCAUACAGAAAUGGUUUGUCGAGAUCGGUGUGGAAGAACUUGACUGGCCUGCACAGAGCCCUGACCUCAACCCCAUCAAACACCUUUGGGAUGAAUUAGAACGCCGACUGCGAGCUAGGCCUAAUCGCCCAAUGUCAGUGCCAGACCUUACUAAUGCUCUUGUGGCUGAAUGGAAGCUGAAAGUCCCUGCAGCAAUGUUUCAACAUCUCGUGGAAAGCCUUCCCAGAAGAGUGGAGGCUGUUAUAGCAGCAAAGGGGGGGACCAACGCCAUAUUAAUGCCCUUGAUUUUGGAAUGAGAUGUUCGACGAGCACGUGUCCACAUACUUCUGGCCAUGUAGUGUAUGUAGUUAGAUCCAUUAUUUGUCCUCUGACAGAUGAUUUUUUCCAGGUUUAGGAGAUGUUAUUACAGUAAUUAGCAAACCUCUGCUGUUUAGAGAUAAACAUGUUGCUCCUUUUCAUGGCAGGCUCCUAGUCAACUAUUCCUUCCCAGGGCCUGAGGCUAUACCUUUCUCUGAUUUACUGACUGCACCGUGUGGGAUGCAGAGUUAUCAGAGCCUCUACCAGAUCAUCUUAACGCUAUCAGACUCUUAGCAGUAUUGAGUUAAUCUUUCCUUCUCUCCUGUUCUUUCAUUGUGUAUUUCCGUUCACGGAAUAUUUUAGAUAAACCUGGAAUCAAAGAAAAAUGGCUACCUAUAAUUAAAUGGUAAAUGGUACGUGUGUAUAUAGAUAUUGUGUAGAGGCGUGUCUCCCACAUGAAUCUUCUCUUGGUGACAGACAGGGUUCAAAUGCCUUCUGUUUACUUUUUCUGUAUUUAUUAUCUGUAUAUGUUAUGUUAUGUUAUGUUAUGUUAUGUAUAUAUGUAUGUAUAUAUGUAUGUAUGUAUGUAUGUAUGUAUGUAUGUAUGUAUGUAUGUGUAUAUAUAUAGUGUGUAUGUACAGUGGGGAAAAAAAGUAUUUAGUCAGCCACCAAUUGUGCAAGUUCUCCCACUUAAAAAGAUGAGAGAGGCCUGUAAUUUUCAUCAUAGGUACACGUCAACUAUGACAGACAAAUUGAGGAAAAAAAUUCUAGAAAAUCACAUUGUAGGAUUUUUAAUGAAUUUCUUUGCAAAUUAUGGUGGAAAAUAAGUAUUUGGUCAAUAACAAAAGUUUCUCAACACUUUGUUAUAUACCCUUUGUUGGCAAUGACACAGGUCAAACGUUUUCUGUAAGUCUUCACAAGGUUUUCACACACUGUUGCUGGUAUUUUGGCCCAUUCCUCCAUGCAGAUCUCCUCUAGAGCAGUGAUGUUUUGGGGCUGUUGCUGGGCAACACAGACUUUCAACUCCCUCCAAAGAUUUUCUAUGGGGUUGAGAUCUGGAGACUGGCUAGGCCACUCCAGGACCUUGAAAUGCUUCUUACGAAGCCACUCCUUCGUUGCCCGGGCGGUGUGUUUGGGAUCAUUGUCAUGCUGAAAGACCCAGCCACGUUUCAUCUUCAAUGCCCUUGCUGAUGGAAGGAGGUUUUCACUCAAAAUCUCACGAUACAUGGCCCCAUUCAUUCUUUCCUUUACACGGAUCAGUCGUCCUGGUCCCUUUGCAGAAAAACAGCCCCAGAGCAUGAUGUUUCCACCCCCAUGCUUCACAGUAGGUAUGGUGUUCUUUGGAUGCAACUCAGCAUUCUUUGUCCUCCAAACACGACGAGUUGAGUUUUUACCAAAAAGUUAUAUUUUGGUUUCAUCUGACCAUAUGACAUUCUCCCAAUCCUCUUCUGGAUCAUCCAAAUGCACUCUAGCAAACUUCAGACGGGCCUGGACAUGUACUGGCUUAAGCAGGGGGACACGUCUGGCACUGCAGGAUUUGAGUCCCUGGCGGCGUAGUGUGUUACUGAUGGUAGGCUUUGUUACUUUGGUCCCAGCUCUCUGCAGGUCAUUCACUAGGUCCCCCUGUGUGAUUCUGGGAUUUUUGCUCACCGUUCUUGUGAUCAUUUUGACCCCACGGGGUGAGAUCUUGCGUGGAGCCCCAGAUCGAGGGAGAUUAUCAGUGGUCUUGUAUGUCUUCCAUUUCCUAAUAAUUGCUCCCACAGUUGAUUUCUUCAAACCAAGCUGCUUACCUAUUGCAGAUUCAGUCUUCCCAGCCUGGUGCAGGUCUACAAUUUUGUUUCUGGUGUCCUUUGACAGCUCUUUGGUCUUGGCCAUAGUGGAGUUUGGAGUGUGACUGUUUGAGGUUGUGGACAGGUGUCUUUUAUACUGAUAAUAAGUUCAAACAGGUGCCAUUAAUACAGGUAACGAGUGGAGGACAGAGGAGCCUCUUAAGGAAGAAGUUACAGGUCUGUGAGAGCCAGAAAUCUUGCUUGUUUGUAGGUGACCAAAUACUUAUUUUCCACCAUAAUUUGCAAAUAAAUUCAUUAAAAUCCUACAAUGUGAUUUUCUGGAUUUUUUUCUCUCUCAAUUUGUCUGUCAUAGUUGACGUGUACCUAUGAUGAAAAUUACAGGCCUCUCUCAUCUUUUUAAGUUGGAGAACUUGCACAAUUGGUGGCUGACUAAAUACUUUUUUCCCCCACUGUAUGUAUGUGUGUGUAUAUGUAUGUAUAUGUAUAUGUAUGUAUGUAUGUUAUUUAACUGCUCUAGGGAUAUAAUUAUUGUUUGGAUAACCUUAUUUACUAUUAUGUAUUGAUUGUUACCUUUAAUUGUUUCACUCUUUAUGCAAUGCAUACUGCAGAGAACACUGGAAGAAGAAUUGUCACUGAAUUACCACAGUGAAUUAUUGUAAUGUUUGUGUCAAUUAAUCCCAUAAGGGAUGGGUUACCAAUUGGCGAUUUGACACGAAAAUAAAUAUAUCGCUCUUAUUUUCUCUCUCUGCAGACCCGGGAAGCUCUUGAUGACUCAGUGGGACUGCAGAACCCAGAGGGAUUACAAUUAGAGGCGGAGGAGGGGGAUUUGGGACCCGGCGACCCCCAAGACUGGAGCCAGGACGGGGAGGAGGGGGAUUUGGGACCCGGCGACCCCCAAGACUGGAGCCAGGACGGGGAGGAGGGGGAUUUGGGACCCGGCGACCCCCAAGACUGGAGCCAGGACGGGGAGGAGGGGGAUUUGGGACCCGGCGACCCCCAAGACUGGAGCCAGGACGGGGAGGAGGGGGAUUUGGGACCCGGCGACCCCCAAGACUGGAGCCAGGACGGGGCGAGGAAGAGGAUCGGUGGUGGGGGUGACAUCACCUCGUUGUGUGACUCUCUGUCUUCCCUGCUGGGGGUGAAGGACCCACACACAGAAUGGAAGAACAGCAGCUACCACACUGCUGGGGACUGUAGAGCCAGACACACAGCAGAGAGGAGCCAGAACCAACACAGCACAGAGAAACUCGCAGAGAAAUACAGCGGAGAGAUUCAUAACCAACAACACAGCACAGAGAAACUCGCAGAGAAAUACAGCGGAGAGAUUCAUAACCAACAACACAGCACAGAGAAACUCGCAGAGAAAUACAGCGGAGAGAUUCAUAACCAACAACACAGCACAGAGAAACUCGCAGAGAAAUACAGCGGAGAGAUUCAUAACCAACAAUACAGCACAGAGAAACUCGCAGAGAAAUACAGCGGAGAGAUUCAUAACCAACAACACAGCACAGAGAAACUCGCAGAGAAGUACAGCGGAGAGAUUCAUAACCAACAACACAGCACAGAGAAACUCGCAGAGAAAUACAGCGGGGAGAUUCAUAACCAACAACACAGCACAGAGAAACUCGCAGAGAAAUACAGCGGAGAGAUUCAUAACCAACAAUACAGCACAGAGAAACUCGCAGAGAAAUACAGCGGAGAGAUUCAUAACCAACAACACAGCACAGAGAAACUCGCAGAGAAGUACAGCGGAGAGAUUCAUAACCAACAACACAGCACAGAGAAACUCGCAGAGAAAUACAGCGGAGAGAUUCAUAACCAACAACACAGCACAGAGAAACUCGCAGAGAAAUACAGCGGAGAGAUUCAUAACCAACAACACAGCACAGAGAAACUCGCAGAGAAAUACAGCGGGGAGAUUCAUAACCAACAACACAGCACAGAGAAACUCGCAGAGAAAUACAGCGGAGAGAUUCAUAACCAACAACACAGCACAAAGAACACAGAGAAAUACAGCGUGGAGAUUCAUAACCAACAACACAGCACAAAGAACACAGAGAAAUACAGCGGAGAGAUUCAUAACCAACAACACAGCACAAAGAACACAGAGAAAUACAGCGUGGAGAUUCAUAACCAACAACACAGCACAGAGAAACUCACAGAGAAGAAGCGACACAAGCACAGGACAGAGAAAGAAACCCAGCAUGGCGCUGAGAAAGUCAGUAAAGAGGUUCAUGUCACUCAAAUCACAGGUAAUCGGAAAACACUAAUACACCACACAGAGUCCCACAAACAGAAUAGCCCAGGCAGACACCAGAUCGACAUCGCACAAAGCACAGAAACGUUUACACGGAGAAACAGCACGGAGACACAAACGCAGAGCAGCACAGAGAAACGGUGCACAGGGUUAACCAACACAGGGAUAUGUAAACAACAUAACAUAGAUAUACAACGUGUAGAUCUUCUGUCCACUCUGCACAGUGUAGAGAAACAGAGUUCACAAAUACACAGCAGUCACCUGGAGCAGGUAAGCCUUGCUAGCCAGAAUACAGACAGACAGGUGUCACACAACCAGCGCAUUGCAGAGACACACUGCAGAGACACACACAACACUAUAGAGGCACAGUGUUCGGACAUAUCUGACACACACGUGACACUAUGCACAGAUACACACAAUAUAGCCAACACACACAAUAUAGCCAACACACACAAACCAGACACACACUGCAGGCUCACACACAACCAUCACAAACCAGACACACACUGCAGGCUCACACACAACAAUCACAAACCAGACACACACUGCAGGCUCACACACAACAAUCACAAACCAGACACACACUGCAGGCUCACACACAACAAUCACAAACCAAACACACACUGUGAACUUAUUGCAGAGCCCAGUACUGACACACAGUGUACAGAAACACACACCACAGACACAAUCUGUAUGGACACACAGCACACAGAGACAGAGGGGAGUAGUGAACCCACCACAGAGACAGAGGGGAGUAGUGAACCCACCACAGAGACAGAGGGGAGUAGUGAACCCACCACAGAGACAGAGGGGAGUAGUGAACCCACCACAGAGACAGAGGGGAGUAGUGAACCCACCACAGAGACAGAGACAGAGACAGAGACAGAGACAGAGACAAAGCCCCAGCCUCAGGCCUUCCUCAGUGCUACAAAGCCCCACGGUGAGGCAUGCAGAUCAUGUGUCCACUGCCAGGAAGAGCACAAGGUGUGUGUCACCACCAGGAACUCAGCAGAGCCGACUGAACCAUCAGGGACAGAGGAAACAGUGAAUGGCAUCUGUUCAAUCAUGUCGUCCGUGGAGGCUGGACUUCCUUUUGAGGUGGGACUUACUGUAGAGGUGCGACUUUCUCCCUCGCUAGACGCCCGUGGGCCCAUACCUCUUUCCAACAACCUGUCACCUGAUCUGUCUCUCUCACCAUCGCAAGACAGGAAGGGGAUCAACCAACUGGAAUCCCAGUUAGCCUCACCUGUCCCACCUACUGGGCUAGACAGUGGAGGAAUUACAGAGAUACAACAACAUCAACAACAACAAACACAGAGCGUUAGUUCACGACCCCUGAAGGAGGAUGCCGUUCAGACCCAGGGCCUAAUCCCUGAGCUCCAGGACCAGGGGGACUCUAGCACAGAGACACCCAGGGACAGUGAGCACUCGCCUGGGGAGAGUACGAGGGAUGAGCUCCAGCUUGAUUCUGCUCAUCUCCAGUCUCACACUGAGGGGGGGGGUGAGGAACGCCUGCCCCCCCACCCCCACUCCCUCCCCCACAUAGACAGGCCGCCUCCCUCUGACCUGUCAGGAUCAGAAGACUCAGAACACUCACAGCUGUUAUCAAAGACCUCGACCAGAGAGGACAGGACAGGACCACCCCAUUCCCUGUCCGGGGUGAGAGAAGAGGAGGAGGAGGAGGAGGAGGAGGAGGAGGAGGAGGAGGAGGAGGAAGAAAAUUGUCAUGUUUACAGACAGCAGGAGCAGGCAGUAGAAAGCACAUCCUGCCCUGAAUCAGCACAGCCAAACACUGUUAUAGCAGCAGAGUUCUCUGAUCAUACAGACACUGACUCUGACCAUGUUGGGCUGUCAAGCACAGAGGAGACGGAGGACGCUAUAGUCCCCUGCAGUCCUACAGGAGUCUUCAUAGAGAUCACUAGUGAUCUGCAUGUGGACCUCUGCACACAGGGUGGUUCUAGUGACAUAGGCCAAGGGUUAACCCAGGGGUCAACCCAACCUACAGAGACUGAACAUCUUCAGGGAGACAGCACAGAACCCCCUGCCUUAGAUCAGGAGGCUAUACAACUGAGGAGGAUAGAGAUUACCGUGGGAGCAGACUUUCCUGUUACCGUAGGAACAGACUCUCCCGUUACCAUGGGAACAGACUCUCCUGUGUGUAAAGAACGAGUCCAGGGCCACAGGGAUCAGCUAGAGAUCCACCACAGGAUCCCUGAGCGUGAGCCUCCCUCUCCCUGCACUGUGCCACCCUCCAUCCCGUCUCUGUCCUCCCGCUCCCUCUCUGACUCCAACAACCACACCAAGGCCAGUGAAGGGUUGUGGUUGGGAUCUCUCUGUACGAGGGGCCAGGGACCAGAGCGGUGGUCCUCUGAGGUAGCCCACCAGAGCGGAUCAAAGGAGUGUGGGGAUAAAACUGAUGGUGAGUCCCCUUCCCUGACCGAGCCCGCAACGUUUACCUCGGACAUCCUGGGGGAGACCAAUGAGACCCUGGACAGCCCCCUUGAAGAACCCCCUGAGGACUCUGAGGAGUUCCUGUCCCCCCUGGACUACGACCCCUACUGGAGCCGUGAGGACUCAGCCGUGUCCGGGCUGGGGGACGAGUGGCACUUCAGCCUGGCUGAGGUGGAAGAGCUGGGGAGGCUCCAGGGAGAGGGUUACAGAGACAUCCCUAUUCAGAACCAUACAGGCACGACAGACUGGAGAGGAGACAUCUCUAACCAUACAGACUGGACAGGAGACAUCUCUAACCAUACAGACUGGAGAGGAGACAUCUCUAACCAUACAGACUGGAGAGGAGACAUCUCUAACCAUACAGACUGGAGAGGAGACAUCUCUAACCAUACAGACUGGAGAGGAGACAUCUCUAACCAUACAGACUGGAGAGGAGACAUCUCUAACCAUACAGACUGGAGAGGAGACAUCUCUAACCAUACAGACUGGAGAGGAGACAUCUCUAACCAUACAGACUGGAGAGGAGACAUCUCUAACCAUACAGACUGGACAGGAGACAUCUCUAACCAUAUAGACUGGAGAGGAGACAUCUCUAGCCAUACAGACUGGAGAGGAGACAUCUCUAACCAUACAGACUGGAGAGGAGACAUCUCUAACCAUACAGACUGGAGAGGAGACAUCUCUAACCAUACAGACUGUAGGGAAGAUAAUUGUGCUGCUAACUGUCACACAGGCCUUUCCGAACCCUUAGCUUCCUACCUGGAGACCAGAGGCCUGCUAUUGGACAGUGCAGAGAAAGAGAAGGGGCAGCAGCCCAUUCCCCACCAAUCCCCCAAGCCUCCUUCGGACAGAGACAGACAGGAGUGUAGCAACUCACCUGAGGCUCUAGGAUUAAAGGACUGUUUGUUUGCUGAGAAGGACAGCUCCUACAGCUCCUACCUCCAGACCAGCUCUCACCCCGCCCUACUGCAGCAGGAUCGUGGGGUGAGGAUCGUGAGGUACCCCUAUCCCGACGUCAGUCUCAACCUGCUCUCCUUUAGUAGCCUGGAACCCAUCCUAGAGGCCGAUCCCGACCACUCCCUGGACAACUCUGGGACAGUGGAAGAUGAGGAGCGGAGAAAGAUUGUUAGGAUAAGGCCCACUGAGGAGGACAGGAACACUGUUCUUCUGUCUGGUGACAUCAUCAUGUCCUAUAUGCCCACUUUCAGCCCGUCGUCGUGUCACUCUGAGGACUUGUCCAGUAUUGAGUCAUCAGAGCACCAGCUGGUCUCGUUGACCUUUGACUCCGAUGACCCCAGGGUCAUGACCUUACCACACAACAGGGACUCGGCGGGCAGCGAGAGAUGCUCCAGUCCCACCCCCACCUCUGUGUCCUACGAUUUUGACACCACCAGCACUAACAGUGAGGAGAUGGAAGAAUCCAUCCUGCCUGUCUCAGCGGGGAAUGCCAACCUCCACAAACCCAUGAAGAGCAAGUCUAAAGGCGACUGGGCGGGGAGCUCCAAGAGCUCCAAGUUCUCUGUCUUCGCCAAGAUGCCUUCUUUCAGGAAGAGGAAGAGUCUGAAGAACACCAAGAUGGACAGCUCGCCCCGGGAGUCACCCGCCCUGGGCCUGAGAAGGGAGCUGGGGGGAGGACAUGGAGGACAGGGGGGAGACACCUCAGAUGAUGACAGUGUCGUCUUGAUGGUCCAGCAGGCCUUCUCCUCCGGUCCGGGGGGUCGCUACGAGACAGAGGAGGAGGAGGACUACGGCUUCUUCCCCUCCACGCCUCGCACCCGCCACGUCCGCCUGCUUUUCAGGGAGGGACCUGGGGACAACCCCCGAAGGGCCCAGCAGCCCAGACAGUCCCCUGACCUCCCAGCCCGGAGGUCUCAGACAUGACCAGACCGAGGCCCUCGAGGGCCUGCACGGCUACAAGAGGAGCAAGAGCUCCGACAGCCUCAACCUCCGCAUGCGCUUCGCCCAGGCCCACAAGUCCCUGUCCAGCCUGUUUGAGUCUCGCUCCAUGGACAAGGAGAACGAAGAGGAGACGGGGAGCGUUGAGACGGGGAGCGUUGAGACGGGGAGCGAAGGGGAGGUGGGGCGAGCCAAACAGUCCUGGAGGAGGCUGAAGAGAGAGAGGGCCAGGGAGGCUGAGCUGCUGAGGAGGACCCUGUCUGUCCCGGUCGGAGAUGGGGUCGAGGGAGGGGACGGUGGGGGUGUGAGGACGUCCAGACAGAUCCACAGUGACUACGUGUCCCGCUCUGCCUCGGGCUCAGUGCUCAGUGUCCCUGGGUCCCCCUCCUCUCUCAGGGCUCUGAGUCUCACCGACCCCCUCACUAAGAGGGGCCUGCAGGACAGUCAAAGCGGGGACCGGGGACGACAUGUCAGAUGGCCAGAAGAGGAAAGGGAAAGUCCCGCCCAACAGCCUGUCAAUCAACUUCUCAGACUCCAGACCGCCAUCCUCGCACGACUCUGAGGCCCCGCCCACAAACGAUCCCAGCCCCCUGUCGCCCAUGAGCCCCGCCUCCCUGGCUGCCUUAGCCAAUCAGCUGUCCUGGUCCCCAGGGGGAGCCUAUGAGAGCACAGCGUCUAGCAUGGCAGCUACACCAGACACCCCAGUGAGACCCAUGAGCCCCAAGCCCCACAGCCCCAGACCUGCUGCCCAGCACAGGGCCUUCUGCUACCCCCCCACUGCCUCUGCCCGGGCCUCAGUCCUGUCCCUGCUCCUCAUGGGCCAGUCAGCCAGUGUAGAGGGCCUGUCUGACCCGCCAGAGAAGCCCAAGACCCUGAAGCCCCGAACGGGACAGUUAGGCUCCUCCUCCCUCAGCCCAUUGGAGGACAGCGGAGUGGACAGUCUGCUUACACCUAUGUCCUUCAAACAGUUUGAGGUAAGGCACAGCUAUAUGAUAACACAGCUAUAUAAUGCCUCAUUGUUAUCAUUUGUUUGACUGCAUGUGUGUUGUUAAGCAGAUUCUCCAUGGCAGGCAGGUGUAGCCUUGUGUGUAACUGAUAAUAACUGAUAAAACCGAUAAAAACUGAUAUAACUGAUAAUAACUGAUAUAACUUAUAAUAACUGAUAUAAUAAUGAAGAAUACAGAAAUUAUAUACUAGUUAAACAGCCCAAAACAUGUAAGCUAUUAAAGAACAAUACAUGAUUUAUUCCCUUUACAAGUGAAUUCUCAGCUAGACAUCCCCACUGUACUAUCUCACUUCCUCAGGGCACAUCUUUGAUUGACAGGAGUAGGUUGUUUAAAAGAAAAGUCUCCUCUGGCAUCUGCUGUUUCAUCGUUUUGUCCCCAUUAUGAUAGAAUGACCUGACUGUCUGUCAGUUUAACAUCAUGACAGAAUGACCUGACUGUCUGUCAGUUUAACAUCAUGAUAAAGCAGCCAUGUUAACCCCUCCUCCAUCAAGACGACGAGGGAAGGCCAGGCAGGGUGCACUAUGGGAUAAAGUGUUGACUGUCUUUCACUGGCCCUGUUCUGCCUCAGUGUAACCGGUGUGAAAUGGCUAGCUAGUUAGCGGUGCGUGCUAGUGGCAUUUCAAUAGGUGACGUCACUCGCUCUGAGACCUUGAACUAGCCGUUUCCCUUGGGCUUCGGCUUUUGUGGAGCGAUAUGUAACGAUGCUUCGCGGGAGGCAAUUGUCGAUGUGUUCAGAGGGUCUCUGGUUCAAGCCCAGUUUGGGGCGAUGAGAAGAACGGAGGCAACACUGUUACAUCAGCCUUAGGCUGAAUUUAAAUAACAUCUUUGGGCACUUCAUCUCUCUCUACAGUCAUGCGUGUGUGUUUGUGCGUGCGCGUGUGUAUUCGAUGAAAUGCAGAAUAAGCCCUUCUUUAUCUCCCUCCUCCCUCUGUUCUCUCCUCUCCUGAAAGAGAGAUGAGGAGGAAGAGUGAAACGAUAGAGUCAGCUCUUUCUUUCCUCCGCUGUGCUCUGCUGUCACUGGCGUGGCACAUUUCCAUUCUGCUCCCGUCCCGUCCCGCCUGGCAGUUCUGAAAUGGCCCAGGCAGGCAGCUGGGAGGGGGACUGUGUGUUCUAGCCCCCCCCCCCCCCCCCCCCCCCCCCCCCCCGGUGGAGCCUGCAGGAAGCACCCAGCAGGGAGCCAGGCAGGCAAGCAGGCAGGUUUUGACUAGAUGGGAUGCAGCCAGGGCCGGACUACUGCAUUUGGGGCCACCGGGCCAGCUACCUCCAGGGGGCUCCCCAAACAGAUAACUUCCUGUAUUUCAACAUGGGGCAGAGAGAAAAUAUUCAUGUUUUAAAGUUAGUUUCCUGCAAUUCUACACAUUUUGCCAUGGGGCAGAGAGAAAAAUGGAAUGUUUCAUCUCAUGCAAGUCUAAGGGCGGCAGGAAGCCUUGAGGUCAGGGUGGUAGGCCAGGAACCGAAAGGUUGCUGGUUCGAAUACCGUAGCCGACAAGGUGAGAAAAAAAACAAAUCUGUCGCUAUGUGUUUGAGCUAGGCACUUAACCCUAAUUGCUUCAGGGGUGCUGUACAAUGGUGACCCACUCCAAUGGUGACCCACUCCAAUGGUGACCCACUCCAAUGGUGACCCACUCCCUGCGGGUGUGUGUAGCAGGACAAAUAUAAACACUCCCCAAAUUAUUAUAAUUAAAACUGCAAAAUGUUCUGUUCAUCCUCACGUCAGAAUAUGAAGAAUAGCGUGAGGUUAGGAGAAUUAGGUUAAGGUUAGGAAAAGGGUUAGGGUUAGCAAAAAGGCAAACACUAUUCAAAUGUGCAACUUUUGACUUCACUUUGAUAUUAGCUGCAUUACCUUCUAACCAUGACCAAUCAGGCAGGGGGACACACAGGCUAAACUAAAUCAUGAUUAAGUCAUGCGAGAUAGCUCAGUACUGAUGCGCACAGGAAAUAGUCAGUGGGAACUACCUUACCUGUCAAGUGCAUCAGUUACACCAAUCAAGACAAUUGAAUUCACCUGUCCCAUCAUAGUCAUCAACACUCCAUAACAACUGUUUAAGAUCAUGUACCAGUAAGAAUAAUACAAUGUAAUGUACACAGAUAGACGCCAUAUGGAGGUCAUAGAGGACCACCAGGCACUAUAGUUUGAAGUGAAAGUGACAUUGACAGUCCCAUUAACCAGUUGACUAUGCACCCAAAGACCAGUCAGGAUGGAUGUAGACCCAGUAGCCAAGCAGGGGGAGAAGGGAAGAGGCUAGCAGAACUGAAGAGUCCUGGAUCUGGACCGGACACUACUGCCUCAGCCCUCAGACCACCACUAGGCCACAGGCGGGACAGGGGUCUGAGACGCCAACGCUGCUGCUCAGACGACCUGUGGAUCGAAGAGCAGAAGAGAUGGAAGCGGAAGCUGGCCCGAGUGAUGAGGGGCAGCCUGGGACAACUCAACACACACUGUCCUGAAGAGCUCGAGAAAGUAAGACUCCACCAUGCUUACCCGUGCAAAACAACUUACAGCCUAGGGGGAGGGAUUUUCUCUCUCCUCCUCCUCCUCCUCCUCUUCAUCUACGUACUGUCUCGAGGAUGGUUCUCUCCUCCUCCUCCUCCUCCUCUUCUUCUUCAUCUACGUACUGUCUCGAGGAUGGUUCUCUCCUCCUCCUCCUCUUCCUCCUCUUCAUCUACGUACUGUCUCGAGGAUGGUUCUCUCCUCCUCCUCCUCCUCCUCCUCUUCCACUUCAUCUAUGUACUGUCUCGAGGAUGGUUCUCUCCUCCUCCUCCUCCACCUCCUCCUCUUCCUCUUCAUCUAUGUACUGUCUCGAGGAUGGUUCUCUCCUCCAUCUCUUCUAUCCUUCGCCAGCUGUCUUCGCCGAGUCUUGACAUCUUUCCUUUGUUACAUGUUUUUCCCCUUCCGUUUCCAUGUCAUCUUUUUUGGGAUGUCUUUCCUGUUUCUGUGCCAGUCUCUCUCAGCUCCUACUGUUAGCCUAAACCUGCAUGCACCUUCAGCUAAAUCUGUUCAGGUAAAACACAUUAUUACUGUUGCUCUGUCACAUUAUAUAGUACACGUAUAUUCAUGAUUUAAACUAAGAAAAGGCAGGGUCUUAACAUUUAAAGUGAGCAUAAUACUAACUAUAGACUUCUAGGUAUGUAGGCCUAGGCAUUGUUGGAUCCCCAGCUUUACUUUUGCCUCCUCCACACAGUGGAAUACACCAGUGUCCCUGUCGACCAUGGAGGCAUUCUCUGGGAUGGGCCUGAAGACCCACUGCUUCUCCCAGAGCACCCCCAUCGGACUGGACUGUCUGGGCUGGAGACGACGCAUCUCCUACCCC